AUGAAGCAUCGGUAAGGUGCAUCAGUAUUAAUUUCUGGUUUAGAGAAGUGUACUAAUCUCUCAAAUUUGACACUUAAUUUAAGUAAAAAUUAAAUUGGUGAUAAAAGUGUAUCAGGAUUAGGUUCCGGUUUGGCAAAGUGCACUAAUCUCUCAAAUUUGACACUUGAUUUAACGUGGAAUUAAAUUGGUGCAAUUGGUGCAUCAAGCUUAGGUUCUGGUUUAGGAAAGUGCACUAAUCUUUAAAUUUUGACACUUGCUCUUUAGUGGAAUAAAAUUGGCACAUCUGGUGCAUCAACCUUAGGUUUUGGUUUAAAAAAGUGUACUAAACUCUCAAAUUUGACUCUUUAUCUUUAGUGGAAUUAAAUUGGCGCAAAUGGGGCAUCAAGCUUAGGUUCUAGUUUAGGAAAGAGCACUAAUCUCUCAAAUUUGACACUUGAUCUAAGUUGUAAUUAAAUUGGCGAUGAAGGUGCCUCAGGCUUAGGUUUAGGUUUAGGAAAGUGCACUAAUCUCUCAAAUUUGACACUUAAUCUAAACCAAAAUAAAAUUGGUGCAAUAGGUGUAUCAGGUUUAGGUUUUGGUUAAUAAAAGCCCCUUUCUCUUAUUUGGAAUUAGAUUGGUACAUAAGGCUUAUGUUCUGGUUUAGCAAAGUGCACUAAUCUCUCAAAUUUGAUACUUCAUCUUAAUUGGAAUGAAAUUGGUGCAAUUGGUGCAUAAGGCUUGGGUUCUGAUUUAGGAAAGUGCACUAAUCUCUCAAAUUUGACUAUUGAUCUAUGUGGUAAUUAAAUUGGUGAUGAAGGUAUAUCAGGCUUAGGUUUAGGUUUAGGAAAGUGCACUAAUCUCUAAAAUUUGACACUUGUUCUUUAGACAAAUUAAAUAAAUGUAAUUGGUGCUUCAGAAUUAUGUAAUAAUUUAAGAAAAUGCACUAAUCUCUUAAAUUUGACAAUUGAUCUAAGUAUGAACUAAAUCUAUUAAUCAAAACAAUUGAAAGGUAAGUGUAUUAAAGCAAAAAGAUUAGUUGCCUUAAAAGUAUAUUAGUGA